AUAUUUACCCUAUCACAUCAAAAUUGAUGAAGUAAACUUUCUUGUUUAUGAGAUUAGCAACAAAUGUAUCAAGAUACCAUUGUAUCUACUAAUGUGAGUGAUGGUUAGCCGAAUUAUUAUCUAAUUUAUAUGAUCUAUGUUUAUUUAGCUCUCGGCCUGACAUUCUGAACAUAUUCUAUUUUUGAAGUAGGCUUGCAACAACAUUAUAUUUUCACAGAGAUAAAAGUUAUUGUGUGUGGUUGAAUAAAAAGUUAUUAUAGGUCAUUGUCAUUCAACAAAAGAAGUCUUUAGUUCAAUUUCCGUCAGCUUCCUUAAGAAAACGAUGAUCACAAUAUUUCGUUAUUAGGCAUAUAUGGUUUGUAUUCUAUUUGGGGCUCAUUAUCUACAAAUUGUAUUGCAAUGGAUGGAAAGAGACUUGACCGCAUAAAUUUAAUUAAUAAAGGAAUAGACAAGAUGUUGCUUCGACAACUUUCUUGUAUUGAGAAGCAAAAGCAGCAAGCUAUAAAAGCUUUGUUGAGAAAUCAAUGUUGUCUCAAGUUAGAAAUCACAAAGAGAAAAGAAGAUUACUUUCAAAUUAUGUUGGAGGGGCAAGCACUGAGGGAGAAGUUACAAAAUAUUGGUGAGCUUCUAAAAUCAAAUAAGAAAACACAGAAGAGGAAUAUGAAGCAGAAUGUCAAUGAUUGUACUUCUAGAAAUAUUAUUCCGCCAGGCAAUAAGCUAACUUUUGGUGAAGGUUGUUUAACAUAUGAACAAGAUGACAAAGAAAGUAUUGCAGCCAGUGACUCUUGCGAUUCAAGCUUUAACAUGUCAAAUACACAAAAUGUUAACAAAUUUGCAAAUGAGCAGCCACAAAAUGAUGACCCGAUGCCAAGGAAGAAUAUUAACUUCAUCCAAGGUCAUGAUGUUGCUAACCAGAAGCAUGUUACUUUACUACCACACUAUUACCUGUCUCCAACUAUUGUUGCUACAGAAAAGCCUGCAGUUGGUGUUCAUAAGUUUAGACGGUGGAUGCAUACCGAUAACACUGUUAAUUUGACAUUUAAUCAUAAAACAAAAAAAAAUUGUAGUGGCAGUUUUUCUCAACUAAUGCAUGAUCAGAAAAGAGCUACACAUAGACAAAUAAAUGAACAAAACCUCAGUUUAGGAUUGCGGCCUUCUACCAGUGUAGGAAUCUUUCGUGGAGAAACAAAACAAAAAAACAAUUCCUGCCGCACAAUUCGCAGUGCCAACAUCAGGGGUCAUACAACUAGACACUUUCAUUCAACUGAAAAAGUUUUAAAUACCCAGGGUUUUAACAAAGUUAAAAUGGCUUAUGGAGAACAGAAGACAAGCAAUGGUUUAAGAAGAUUCAGCAUUCGCAAUAAUCAACCAAAUAAACCAACUGAACUUACUGGAACAAAAAAACAACUAACACACCAAGAAUGCAACUAUACAAUGGCGAUGCAAAAACAAAGACAAGAAUUUGUUAAUGAAAGUGUUACACAAAAAGUCUGGCAAUUCCUUGGCUACAAGCCUGUAAGUAUGGAAGGAUUAUAGUCCUUACCAUCAGACUAUCGUUUAAAAGAUGGUUAACCUAAAUUCUAAAAGUUGUAAAAUAUGCUAUUGUAAGUAAAAAUAAC